UGCAACAUUCCUGUUGCUUAUCAAGGAUUUAUAUAAAACUUUGCCCUUUUGGUUACAGCACGUUUUCGAGUCGCUCUAUCGUAAGGGAAGGCUUUGUGUUGCAUUAGCAGAUGGCACUCUCUGGGUGGGUUUGUGUGGUGACUGGUGCAUCACGGGGCAUUGGCAAGGGAAUUGCCCUGCAGCUGUCAGAGGCUGGAGCUAAAGUAUACAUUACUGGUCGACAGGAGAAGACGCUUAAGCAGGCUGCUGCUGAGGUUAGAGAGAGAGGUGGCCAAUGUGUGCCUGUUGUGUGUGACUCAUCAAAAGAUGAUGAUAUCAGGAGCCUGUUUGAACAAGUUGAGCGAGAUGAAAAUGGCAGAUUGGACAUCCUGGUCAACAAUGCCUACGCUGGUGUGCAGGCCAUUUUUGAAAACAUGGGGAAAAAGUUCUGGGAGAUAGAUCCAGCUAUUUGGGACUCAAUCAAUAAUACCGGGCUCAGGGGCCACUAUUUCUGUGCUGUUUAUGCUGCGAGACUCAUGGUUGCACGCGGUACAGGCUUGAUAGUCGUCAUCUCAUCCAUGGGCGGACUGCGUUACUUCUUCAAUGUGCCUUAUGGAGUCGGCAAAGCUGCAUGUGACAGAAUGGCUGCAGACACAGGAAUAGAGCUGAAGAAUAGAGGGGUUGUCUCAGUCAGCCUGUGGCCAGGGGCAGUGCAGACUGAAUUGAUUUCUCAAUUUGUCCUUCAAAAAGAGUCAACCACAGGUGUCGAAUCUAAGAUAAAAGAAGCAUUUGUUAAUGGAGAGACCCCAGAAUUCAGUGGGAAAUGCAUUGUUGAACUGGCCAAAGAUAGAAAUCUCAUGUCGCUGACUGGGAAAGUUUUGAUGACAUGUGAUCUGGCCAGGCGCUAUGGGCUAAAAGAUGUUGAUGGUCGUAGUGUGGUAGACUACACCACACUGAAAUUUCUCCUGACACAGGUACCAUACCUGUCCUGGCUCUCCACCAUCACCCCGUCAUUCAUCAGAGUGCCACGCUUUCUUUUGUCCCUGGCCAGUGGGAAAUUCUGAGAUCUCUCUGCUUUUGAUAUUUCUUUUGCCAACAUGGGACCAGUGAGAGGGAAUUCAUUAACACCUAUGUAGAUGUAUUUUGUAUGGGAGACGUCUCACAAAAUAACACACAGAUACUAAAAAUAAUGAUGACAUUAUUUUUUUCUCGGUGCUUUUUACAGGAGACAGUCAUGACUGACUGGCAAGAUUUCAAGGGAUUCAUGUCAAAUGUUUUUUCAUGCUAACAUUUAAGAGCAUUCCAAGCAAGUAAACUAGUGUACACAUGUCUCUACCCUCAGUCAUGUGCAGGUGCAAACAUUAAUGGACUAAAUGACUAACUAACUAAUCAACACAGAAUUUAUGUGCUUAAAAGAAACAAUAUAAGGAUAUCCACAGCCGUUUUAUUCACACUAGACUGGUGCUAGUAGUACCACUUUAAAGCCUAUUUUUUUCUACUACAUGGGAGGAAAUGAAAUGGUUGCUUUUCUUAGCAAACACUUAAAGGGGUCUGUGAGCAGGUCUGUUUGUUAUAUUGUACUUUUGAAAAAAUUCUGAAAAAUAAUAAAAUUUUAAUAACCACUCGGCUACACUCA